UAUCACAGUACAACGACGCCCAUAGCCACACACCACACCACACCACAAUGUACCGUAUACGCCCCCGAACAAUCCCCUGUUACUUCUUCCGCCCCCAAGUCUCCACCAACCAUGCUCACUUUCGCGCCUACCAAAAGAUCCCAUUCGGCCGCCGCGGCCCGCAGUACCAGCGCUUCUCCGCCCGCUCGGGCAUAUCCUCGUUCUUCACAACUUGGGCCGCAAAACCGACUUUCUACCGCGAUGUUGGCGUCAUAACCGCCGCCGGCGGCGCAGUCUACGUGCUGAACCUCGAGCAAGUCCCCGUCAGCGGCCGGCGGCGGUUCAACUUCAUCCCGGCCAAGAUGGAGGAAGCGCUCGGCGAGUCGACGGUCGCGGAGAUUAAGCAGCAGUACGCGGGGCGCUUUCUGGAUGAUGAUGAUCCGCGGAGUAGGAUGGUUAAGAGGGUUCUCGAGCGCUUGUUGCCGGUUGCGUUUCAAGAGGGGAGCGGCCUGGCCGAGAUGAGCUGGGAGGUGCAUGUCAUUGAUUCGCCGGAGAUGAAUGCGUUCGUAGUACCGGGCGGGAAGGUGUUUGUCUUCACGGGUAUACUGCCGCACUGCCGAGAUGAGGAUGGGAUUGCGGCGGUGCUGGGGCAUGAGAUCGCGCACGUGGUUGCGCAUCACACUGCCGAACGCAUGUCCCAAGCCCCCCUGAUCCUGAUCCCGAUCCUGGCCAGUCUCGCCCUCGACGUCUCUUUCUACUCCGCAAACAUGAUCCUGCAGCUCUUCCUCAGCAUGCCCGCGAGCCGCAAACACGAAGCCGAAGCCGACUACAUCGGCCUUAUGAUGGCAGCCCAAGCGUGCUACCGCCCCGAAGCGGCGAUGGAGUUCUGGGCGCGCAUGGAGAAGUCGGGGCAGGAAGGCCCGCCCCAAAUCCUCAGCACGCACCCAAGCAAUCACAAUCGCGAGGAAAAGAUCAGGGAGUGGCUGCCUAAGGCACAUGAGAAGGCGGAGGUAAGCGAGUGCGCGAACACGGGGCGGUAUGUGGAGGAUUUCAGGGGUGCGCUGGGAGGACUAGGAGGGGGCUUUGCGGGUUCGUUCAGAGGGCGGUGAUGAGGUGACGGUAUUAGAGGCAUACAUCUGACAGUGCUCUGUGGCAGAUGCGAGGGGGAUGCUGGCGGUGCACGCGCGGUGAUAAGAUACCCCUAAAAUUCAUCACUCUAGAGUGGUACACAGAGCUGAUGUACGCAUCGCUCGUUACUUUAGCAAGG